AUGAGCUGAUUGUCAAUGUUCUGUCAAGACUGAUUUGCCAGCACUUUCUUCUCUUCUUGCUUUUUUCAUUACGCCCUUUAGAAAUCCGUAAUUUCAUUGCAUUCCACUUUCCAGACCAAAGUAUCAGACCAGUCGAUCAUUACCUCGCAGUCUUCGAGUAGCUCACUCUAUCUCCCGAGACAUACAUCAAAGUGGGAGAUUGCGAUCAAUAAGCUCUUAAUCGGUCUUCUUACUUCUCCCUUUUCUCGGUUUCACACGCUAUGAGCACGAUCCGUUCCGACUGAAGGGUCAAGUAUCUCCAGGAACCUGGUCCACGGAUAGAUCAAGAUCGACAUACCGCUGGCGGGAGGGAUCACACGGAUCACGGAACGCAAUGGCAUUCUCCAAUCCCUUGCUCACGGUUUUGGCCCUGGCCUUGCUCCCGGCCUCAACUUUGUCGCAGAAUGAUCCGGUGAACGACUUUUGCCGUCGAUUUGGACACCAGACAGCCGUUGUCGAUAACAAGCUCUUCAUCGAUGGCGGUCUCGUAAAUUGGAAUCCACUGUCAUCGUUUCCCGCCAACUACUCAAAUACAUGGCUUCUCUACCAGGAUCUGUCUUCCUCGACAGCUUCGGGCAUGCCACCCCUUUACGCCAAUCUCUCCAAAAAUGGAUCAAUCCCUAAUGUCGCCGGCGGUGCUCUCUGGUCUGAUAAUGUCAACAAACGUCUCUAUCUGUUUGGCGGAGAGCGCAAUGCGGGAGAAUCGCCCAUGCCCUUCAACCUAUACGGCUACGAUAUCCUGAAUAACCAAUGGGAUUCUUUCGGCCCAUCUCGCACGGGGGCCUCGAUAUCAAAAGUCAGCUAUGGCGCAGGAGUUUCAGUCGAUACACGCGGCGAGGCUUACUACUACGGUGGAUGGUUGAGCAACGCCUCGGUUCCUGGAUGGGGUACUGGUCCGCCGGUCGCGACGACUGGGUUAGUGAGAUAUACCAUGGAUACCAACAGCUUUUCCAACAACACUGGUCCUGAUAAUGUACGACGCGCCGAGGGCAGCCUACAUUAUAUCCCCGCUGGGGACGGUGGGAUGCUCAUCUACUUUGGGGGCAUACAGGAUCUGGCUGGCAAUGGAAGUUCCACGACCGGGCAGCCCAUGGACCAGAUAUUCAUAUACGAUGUGCUCAGCAGCAAGUGGUACACGCAGAAAGCUUCAGGUGAUGUUCCUGGAAUGCGACGACGAUUCUGCGCGGGCGUGACGUGGGCUGGAGACCAGUCGUCUUACAACAUCUACAUGUAUGGUGGCGCCAAUGCUCCAGGCGUGCUCGGCGCGGGAUUCGACGAUCUCUACAUCCUCUCGAUUCCGACCUUUACCUGGAUCAAGAUGUACCCCAUCGGCCGCAACGGGACCGGAGACUAUCCUCACCAUUCGAUGUCCUGCAACAUCGUCCCUGGCCGUGCGCAAAUGAUCAUCUCUGGAGGCACUUUCCCACUCUCCCAAGACUGUGAUUCACCCGGGCAAUGGGGAACUCACAACGCGGAUCUCGGAAAACAGAAUGCUGGCAAGGCUGUCUGGGAGCUAUACAAGCCCAACAAGACAACGUACGCCGUACCGGACGAAGUCGUUGCUGUAGUAGGCGGCAACGGCAACGGCGGGGCUACAAAGACUGCGCCGGCGGCUGGUUUCGACUACACUGAUGUCAGCCUCCUCAUCACGCUCACGGCUAAUGUCCCUAGCCGUAUGCCGACGAGAGAUGUCGGUAGUACCAGUGCUCCAUCUCCCACGGGAAGCUUAUCUACGGGUGCCAUCGUCGGUAUCGCGGUAGGAGCCGCAGUUCUGGUCGGCGCCCUCGCCAUGGGAUGUUUCUUUCUGGUCCGCAAGCGCCGGUCAGAUCGCUUCCAUACCGGGGCAUCGCCGCCGGGACCAAGCCACGUGUAUCACGCCCAGAGCAUGUCAGAAGCGUGGUCACCACCCGCAGCAUCGCCUUACUCACCACCAUACGGUCCUUCGCCUUUCACACCCCCUCCCCUAUCCGCCCAUCCACAGUCACCGCACCCAAUGUCACCGCACCCAAUGUCUGCGCACACAGUACCGCCGCACAUGGGCCCGCCGGUGGAGCUGCCCUCAGAGCCGUCAUACACAACGACACCAUCGGCUCUGGCGGGAACGACGACGCUCACAAACAUCUCGUCAACGGCGUCCUACCCGCCGCAACAGGCGUAUUUCCCGGAGACGACGACAUUGCUCAAUCAGCCACAGUACGACGCACACGGGAACAUGUGGAUGCCGCAGGUGAGCAUGGUGCAGGUCGCUACCGGGGUGAGCCCGCCGUUGCCCGAGUACACGCCGGCGAGGGGCGACCAGAAGACACCGCAGCCGACGGCGACCGAGGUACGGCACGAGCCGCCGCCGCAGGAGCCGCAGGAGCUAAGUGCGGACCCGGAUGAUCGGGCGGAGAGUUCGAGGCAGGAACAUCAGACUUACUACAACAGAUAAUUUGACUUUGCAGGCGUAUGGUUUAGUUUAUGCUGGGAGUUGGCCUAUGGCCUGAUGUAUCAAUGAUGAUGUUGGGCAGGGGUGGGAGCACGUAUGGAAAGGAGUCUCAGGCGUUUGCCUUUCUGUUUGGUCAUGUCUUUCCCGGCACUAUUCCCACUUGGAGUUUUGAUAUAAAGUUACAAUGACCCAGGGUUCGGCAAUUUCUCAAAGUAGCAGAUACCUUGAGUUAUCAGGGUCCGGAGCCAUCAAGCUUCAAAGUGACGAAUGUGAUAAAUCCUGCAA